CCAACCUAGCCCUAAGUACCAAUAACAAUUUAGCUUUUGGUUUCCAUUGAGCUUCAAAGACAUCAAACUAAUAUGGCUUCCAAAGCUACCGUCUCUCUUGCAUUUCUCCUUGCUCUCAAUCUUAUUUUCUCCUCCUUCGUUUAUGCUGAGGAUGACAAGAAGUGCCCAACAGACACUCUCAAGCUCGGGGUUUGUGCGAAAUUGCUCGGGGGUGUCGUUGAUGUCGAGAUCGGCAAGACUUCUUGCUGCCCUUUGAUCCAAGGGCUAGCUGAUCUUGAUGCUGCUGUGUGCCUUUGCACUGCUCUUAAAGCCAAUGUGUUGGGAGUGAGACUCAACAUUCCCGUCGAUCUCUCCUUGAUUCUUAAUGGCUGCAAUAAGAAAAUUGCAAAGGGCUUCAAAUGCUAAAUUAAUUUAUUACCAUCAUUUCCUUUCGUUGCUAUUUCAAUAUCUAAUUUAUUUUCAAUUGUUCCAGUUUUAUCUUUCGUGCGGUUAUUUCCUUAAUAAGUUCUCACCUAUUGGUGAUUUUAUCAAUGAGUGACAUUAUGUUAGAAUAUCAAGAAUUUAAUAUAUGAAUUCCAUAUUAUUAUUUUCAUAAUUCUUCCUCAAUAUUUAUUAGAAUGUUCUC